UUAAUGCCUGUGAAUGUAGUGCUAUUUUUUUUUGCAGCUCGUGGAGGCCAUUUCAAUGUUUUUCUCGUCGGAUACACUGACAAGGAGAAGUUUGACAUAGUCCGAUGCUGCCCCGAUGAAAUCGAUGUGAAAGAUAUUAUGUCAACAUCUAUCACUCACAUCGUUGUUAGACCGCCAACGAAAAAAGACAAAGCCUUUCCGUACGCAGUGAUGUACUACGCUGUCGUCUCAGGAGCAUGGUUACUUCGGCCGAGUUGGUUGACGCGUUCUAAGGAAAGUGUCGUACCUGAAGCAGAACAUGAGUAUAAACACAAUCAAGUUGACUUGCAGACACCAUCACUGGCAAGAUUCAGAGAGAUAUUGAAAUUGUAUGGAUCGUACCAGAAAAUGCGCGAAGAGGAAGAGUGCAGAUUCUUUUGCGAUCCUGUGUUCCGCCGCGUUUAUAUCCUUGCAAACCGUACUAAUGAAGGUAGAUUGAAGAAAGCUACGUUAAAGAGGUGA